AUGAAGAAGCCUGCAGCAACCGUGAAGGCGGUCGGGAAAGUCGCAAAAGCCCUCUUGAAGAAGCCCGCGACGAAGCCUGGCCAGAACUUGAAGCCGGGCAAGAAGGUCGAGGAGGAGGUUGUCGACAAGGAGACAAAGCACGACAAGCAGCCGGAGAAGAAGAACAAGAAGCAGUCCACGAAGGAGCAGCCCAGCAAGAAGGACGAGAAGAAGAAGAACGACAAAGAGAAGAAGAACGAGAAGCAGCCCAAGAAGAAGAACGACAAGGAGAAGAACGACGAGCACGAGGACGACGAGCACGAGAACGACGAGCACGAGAACGACGAGGAGCAGGAGGACGACGAGGAAGGCCAAGAGGUCGAUCCCGGAGAGAUGGCUUUGGUGCCAGUCCAGAAACAGCCCCUGAGCUUGAAGAACAUCAAGACUCACGCCGAGCUCUUGGAGGUGAAGGGCUGGUCGGGCAAGGACGUCUGGAACGCCUUUAAGAUGUUGCCCUCGGGUGAACAACAGAUGGUCUGGAAACUCUUUGAGAAAGGACGGCAAAAGGAGGGAUGUGAUGCAUCCUACCGAGACCAGACAGCCGGUGCCGGUGGCAACAAGAGAAAGCAAGACAUGUUGACGAGCUGGCUUCUUGAUGAAGGGAAGUGCGGGGAUUAUUAUCAGAAAGCAUGCCUGCAGCUGACGAAGAUGAGCUCGCGGCAGCUGAAGGUAUCUUGGGAGCCCUGGAAGGCCAUGACGAAUCGCUACGGCAAGACGGAGGCCUUAGCCCGCUUGAAAGCCGGAACCAUGAAAUGGAGAAGGUCGAAGACAGACAGCAACUUUUUGGAGUUCGCCAAUGUGGUCGACAAGGAAGCCGAAGGCUUUGUGAAGCAAAAGAGCUGCUCAGUGGAAGGCCCCGACAAGAAGGUCAAGAAGGAGAGAGCUGCUGCCUUGGACAAGCUCACCUUCGAUGAGCUCGAGGACAUGGAGAUGGUGAAGGGCAUGAAAAUCGACGCCGACUUGAAGAGUGUCAUCACGAGGAAUGCUGGCGGUGUUUCCGAAGACUCGAGCUCCUCCGAGAAGGAUGACAGCAGCGACAGCAGUGACAAGAAGAAGUCGAAGAAGAAAAAGAGCAAGGUUGACGACACAGACAACAAAAGUGAGUUCAACAAAAAGUUGACCCUCUUCAAGUCCGAGCUGCAGAAGGAAGAGACCUUCUUCCAGAUGCUGCUUUUGGAGUCUAAGCUCAAGAAGGACGAGAGGAAGAACGUCCAGCAGAACCUGGAUGAUCUGACGAAGACCUUGAAACAGGUGGGGGCGAGCAUCGACAAGAUCGGCAGCAAGGAAGCUGUGAAGAAGAGCCUCCUGAUGGCUUUGACGACGUUGAAGGCUUCGAAGACCCUGAAGAAGAACUUGGCAGGCAAGAAGACCCAGACCCAGGACGAGAAGCUCAAGCGAAAGAAGGGUGAAACAAGUGAAGAGAGCUGA